AUCACCGAUAUUCGUUUCGUUUCAUUCAUUUCUUUUCAUACAACAAAAUAAUAAACCUUCUGCUUCGCUUGAGGAAAGAAUUUCAUCUGCGGCUUCUUUCAACUUUCUCAAUUUUCUCAUCGUUGAGAAGUACAUACAUAUAAAGAGAAUCUAAUCGAUUUCAGAUAUCAGUGUCGUUAUGGAGCUGCUUGAUGUCAUGAAGAACUUAACUAUCAAACAUCCAGAAAAAGACAGUCAACAGUUGCUAUUCAAAUCAAUCGCUGCAGAUAUUGACGAUGUGCCCACGGAAGUAGUUCUUGCCGAGUACACAGAUAAAACAUUGCUCAUAUUAUCACAAUACCAAAAAAUUGGCAGCAUGUUAACAGUACAGAAAGAUGAAGUGCAUAAUCCCCUUGGGAGUAGUGAUAUUUAUACAACAAACGUUAUUUUUGGUGCUACAGGAGAGGAGCAACAAGUAUCAGCAAGGUUCCUGGCAGAGGCCAUCAAAAUAACCAAACCACUGAACAUCUUCAUCAACCUGAGGUCCUAUGACAUUGAGACUUUAAAGGCCUGUGUGGAUAUCAUACAAGAUCUUAGGAGGGAUCAGGGUAAUUAGAAUGUCUUUAACAAGCAUUAAGAGAUUUAAGCCUGUCCACAAGUAUUAUGGUCAACUGGUGUUGGGUCCGCCUGGUGCGGGCAAGACAACAUAUUGCUGUAAAAUGUCUCAGUUGUUGCGUAAGUUAGGAAGAAAAGUGGUGAUUGUCAACUUAGACCCUGCUAAUGAACUUAUGUCUUAUGAGCCAGAUAUAGACAUCAGACAACUCAUAGUCCUUGAAGAAGUUAUGGAUCAGUACAACUUGGGACCUAAUGGAGCAUUACUGUAUUGCAUGGAAUUUUUAGAGCAAAACAUAGACUGGCUGUUAAAUCAAAUUGAAGGAGAAAACUCAACUAAUUUCAUAUUUGAUAUGCCUGGACAGGUAGAAUUGUACUGCCACCAUAAAAGCCUACCAAACAUAUUUUCCAAGUUAUCUGAACAAAGCAACCUUCAAUUGUGUGUUGUGCACUUGGUUGAUUCUCAUCACUGCUCAGAUGCAGGAAAAUUUAUCUCUGCAUUAAUGUUGUCAUUAAGUGCCAUGUUAAAAAUAGGACUUCCACAUAUUAAUUUGUUAACUAAGAUAGACCUUCUUAAGAAACACAUGGAUAAAUUGCAAUUUGGUAUAGACUUUUACACUGAUGUGUUGGAUCUAAACUAUUUAGUUGAUUGUCUAGAUACUGAUGCAUUUACUAAAAAGUACAAAAAAUUAAAUGAAGCUUUAGUUUCCAUAAUUGAAGAUUACAGUUUAGUAUCAUUUCAACUUGUGGACAUGUUGAAAGGCGAGAGUUUGGUCAAAGUGAAGAAUUUAGUUGAUAAGGCCAAUGGGCAUGUUUUCAAAGCGGAAGAGGGCAGGCACAUAAACAGUAUGUUAGCUUGUGCAAUGGGAGUUGGUGAAACAACAGAAAUAGAAUGAUUAUUGAAUAAAAUGUCUACUUCUUAAA